ACCUGGCACUCCUCACUUGCCUGCACCUGGGUGGAGCCAGAGCCCAGGGCUACAUAUUUUAGCCCUGGCACCAGCAGGCUCCAGAGCUGUAGCUGUCUUUUCCUAGCUAUGAUGGGCUUUGAGUUCUGGAUGCUGGCGUUGUGUGCCCUGCUGCUGCUAGUCUUGGGGCUGCUGAGCUUCCUGUGGCUGGAUAGUGACCUGACACUGCUGCGGGCUGCUUGGAUGGGCCAGUGUCCUGAACAGGCACUGGCUGACAAGGUGGUGUGGAUUACUGGAGCAUCAAGCGGCAUUGGUGAGGAGCUGGCUUUCCAGUUAUCUAAACUGGGGGUCUGUCUGGUGCUGUCAGCCCGAAGGGGGCAGGAGCUGGAGCGGGUGAAGAGAAGAUGCCUGGAGAAUGGCAACCUAAAAGAAAAAGACAUCCUGGUUUUGCCUCUUGACCUGGCUGACACCAGUUCCCAUGACAUUGCUACCAAAACUGUUCUCCAGGAGUUUGGGAGAAUUGACAUUCUGGUCAACAACGGUGGAGUAGCCCAUGCUUCCCUUGUUGAAAAUACCAACAUGGAUAUCUUCAAGGUGCUAAUAGAGGUGAACUACUUAGGGACAGUGUCAUUGACCAAGUGUGUUCUACCUCAUAUGAUGGAGAGAAAUCAAGGAAAGAUUGUUGUCAUGAAAAGCCUUGUGGGAAUUGUACCCCGCCCCCUUUGCAGUGGGUACGCUGCCAGCAAAUUAGCUCUUCGGGGGUUUUUUGAUGUACUUCGAACUGAACUUUUUGACUAUCCAGGUAUAACAUUGUCUAUGAUUUGCCCAGGACCUGUGCAUUCGAAUAUUUUCCAGAAUGCUUUUACUGGAGACUUCACGGAGACCAGACUGCCUAAGAUUCCGCUAUUCAAGAUGGAAACAAGCCGUUGUGUCCAGCUAAUCCUUGUCUCCCUGGCCAAUGAUCUGGAGGACAUUUGGAUAGCUAAUCAGCCUGUCUUGCUUCGGGCAUAUGUGUGGCAGUAUGUGCCAUUCCGGGACUGGAUACUUCAAGGACGCUAUGGAAAAUAUAUAUCGAAAGUUUUAGGAAUAACAUGGUAUAGGUGACUCACUUGUUUCCAGUAGUUUAUGUGCAUCUUGCAUGCAAAUAUCAAGUCUUCAAAUGCUUUAGGAUAGCUUUUGCUAACUUCCAGACCCAGCUCACAAUAUAAAUACCAAAAAAUACAUAGGCAUUAUUCUAACAUCACACGUAACUGACAACUUACCUUCAAUCGCCACUGGUCUAGGUGUUCUAGAAGUUUUACAUUGCAAGCAACGUUAUCUUCUAUACUUAAUGACUGAGAGAGUACAUUUCAGAAAACUUUCUUCUCUGCUCCUUCCCAUCAUGUCCUACCUGGCCUUCCAUCUUAGCUCAGGACUCACUUUCUUGAAGCGAAACUUAUCCACCUUUCUACUUCUCCUGGGGACAGGAAUCCCUAUACCCUUGAGUGCUCCACCUUCAGAACAACCCAUUAAUCUAAGACUAUUGGGGACCGGGAUCGGACUGUCAGACUGGGCAAAGCUAGAGCCCUGCCCUGAGCAGAUUCCUGACCUUUUCAAAGAAAGAACAUGUCCCCGGAAGACUGUUGCCUCAUUGUCUAAGGAGGAUAUCUUGCGGUUUAAUGAUUCACCUUAUGUCCUUGGGCACUUCCCAGUACUCCCCCAGCCCUAAGCUUCUAUUCCUGCUUCAGAGCUUUAAAUGCUGUACAUUCCACUCAAUAAACAGACCUUGACAAGG